CAAUGAUUUCAUUGUAAUAGGAAAACGAUUAUUUCUAGUCCCAAAGAGCUAACAAGAGAUUCAAGACCGGCAUGGCUAAUGAAGAGGAACAGAAAAACCACCUCUUCGGCAUCAAAGAUCUCGGUCACAAGACUCUCCUUCAGAGUGAUGCACUCUAUCAGUAUAUACUUGAAACCAGUGUCUAUCCAAGAGAGCACGAGUGCUUGAAAGAGAUACGCAAGAUGACUGCAAAACACCCACUGAACAUCAUGGCAACACCAGCAGACGAAGGACAACUUCUGAGCAUGCUUGUUAAGCUCACGAAUUCAAAGAACGCCUUGGAAAUUGGUGUAUUCACUGGUUACUCUCUGCUCUCCACUGCCCUGGCUCUUCCCCCUGAUGGAAAGAUCUUGGCUUUGGAUGUGAAUCGCGAAUACUAUGAGUUAGGAUUGCCAAUAAUUCAAAAAGCUGGAGUGGCUCACAAGAUUGAUUUCAGAGAAGGACCUGCUCUUCCGUUUCUUGACGAGAUGCUUAAAGAUGAAAAUAAAAAGGGGUCGUUGGAUUUCGUUUUCGUGGAUGCUGAUAAGGACAAUUACUUGAACUACCACAAGAGGGUACUAGAGCUUGUGAAGAUUGGAGGACUGAUCGGAUACGAUAACACCCUAUGGGCUGGAUCUGUGGCUGCACCACCCGAUGCACCAUUGAUGGAUUACAUUAAGCCUCUUCGCGGCCAUGUGAUGGAGCUCAACAAGUAUCUGGCUCAAGAUUCGAGGAUCGAGAUUUGCCAGCUCCCCGUGGGUGAUGGGAUUACCCUGUGCCGCCGCAUCAUCUGAUCAUUUUCUCUUCAUCUAGAUUUUUCAUGACAGAUAUUCCUUUCAUUAAAACAGGUUGCGUGAAUGGUGGAGUUCUCAAAUGUUCUACUGUCUUUUCUAGAUCUUUGUGUGUUUCUUGUCACGCUAGAAAUUUAGCUGAAAGGAUACAAAUCAACAUUUAUCUUAUUUAUCUACUUGCUAAUCCUGUAUUCAGCUUUGGAAUAGAGUUGCAAAAAAAUGAUUUUAAUAAAAUUAAGAGAGAAGCUAUGUUAAAAAAGCA